ACUGUGGUCACGAUGCAGAACGUGGGGCUUCAGCAGGAAAUCUGCAGAAAAAAAAGUCAGUCUCUGUUCUGCCACCAUUCGAUUCUGAGUCUUCCAUCUCUAGACACACCAGGACACUUGCUCUCUGAGAAAGACCCCUUUCACAUAAUGGUUUUCAAAAUGAGGAACAGCUCUUGUGUAUCGGUUAACUUUGAAUUUGGACAAAGAUUUUUACCUGCUGUUUACAUCUCCGUAUUCAUCAUUGGCCUUCUAUCUAAUUGCUGGGGACUGAGAUCCCUGUGGCACAACUGGAAGAAACUGGGGAACACCAACAUUUUUAUCCUCAACCUUGGAAUUGCUGAUAUUUUGUACCUGCUCACGCUCCCGUUUCUGGUACCGUACUAUUUUCAGAGGAGUAAAUGGAUGUUUGGAGAUGUCUUCUGCAAAAUAACAAGAUUCUGCUUCAAUCUGAAUUUGUAUGGCUGCAUUGGUUUCCUUACUUGCAUAAGUGUAUACAGGUACCUGGCCAUUGUUCAUCCAAUGAGAGUAAUGGGAAGAAUUACUGGCAUUCAUUCUAUGUUUCUCACAGGAAUGGUUUGGGUAUUGGUGUGUGUCCAAAGUCUCCCGGACAUGUUCUUCACCAAAAAUUAUGCAAAGAAGUCCAAAAAAUGUUUUGAUACCACCUCUGAAUAUUACAUUGAAGAUUACUUGAAGUACAGCAUUGGAUGGACAUUCACUGGGUUUUGCAUCCCAACCCUCAUCACACUGGGCUGCUAUGGACAUAUGAUUGUUGUUCUCUACACCACAAACACUGUUGACAAGGUUCUGAAACGUAGGACCGUGAGACUGUUGUUAAUUUUGAUCAUACUCUUCUCAGUUUGUUACAUCCCCUAUCAUGUACUGAAGAAUCUCAACCUCAUGACAAGAAUUUUGGCAAAAAGGCACGAGUGUCGUGAGUGGUUUGAUGGAGUCUACAUUGCUCAUCAGAUAAGCCGCGGCCUUGUGUGCCUGAACAGUGCUAUCAACCCUCUGGUUUACCUCCACGGGAAUGAUAAUCUUCACAGUCAGAUUAGAAAACUCUUCCAGCAAGCUUAUCAGGCUGCUCGUCGACCCAAAAUGAACUCUAGUAGCGUUGGCUUAUAAGCGAAGAACACUUUUCACAACCAUUGUAACCAUUUCAUUUUUUUCUUCACGUGUAAUUGAACAACUGUGUCCUAACAUACGUAUGCAAAAAAGAACUUGGCGUUUAUGUGUCAUUUUGUUUUCACAACAAUGCAUUUCCAAUACUGCAAAAAUGUGAAAUUUUUCUAAUUAUUAAAUUAAUUUUAUUAAAUUAAUUUUAAGCAA